AUGAGUGCGCCGGAGGCUGGAAAGCCUCAGGAUCUGUUCGUGGAGGAUGUCCCGACGGAGGCAGAGCGCAAGCUAGACCGCCAGACCCUCAACAGACUAGAUUUGAUUCUGAUGCCCAUGACUCUUAUUCUGUACCUCUUAGCCUGGUUAGACCGCGCCAAUGUCGGAAAUGCACGAGUGGCUGGACUGGACACCGAUCUUAAUCUCAGUGACUACCAGUACAAAGUUGCGAUUACGGUCACCUACGUCCCGUAUAUCCUCGCAGAGCUCCCCUCCAAUCUCAUCCUCAAGAAAAUCGGACCGCGCAUUCUCAUUCCGACCCUCUGCACAUCCUGGGGCAUCGUCACAAUCCUACAAUGCGAAGCCCGCAACUUCGGCGGGUUCGUUGCCUGCCGCUUCUUCCUUGGUCUCUGCGAAGGUGGUCUUUUCCCAGGAAUCGUCCUAUACCUCUCUGGCUUCUACCGCCGCCAUGAACUCCAAGUCCGCAUCGCCCUCUUCUUCUCCGCUGCCUCGCUAAGCGGCGCUUUCUCCGGCCUCCUCGCCGCGGCUAUCCAGCAAAUGGACGGCAUGCGCGGCCUGCGCGGCUGGCAAUGGAUCUUCGUCCUAGAGGGUCUAUUCACCGUCUGCUUCGGCCUGUUCUCCUACGCCAUGCUCCCCAACAGCCCUGAAUCAGUCAUGACCUUCUCCGCCAAACACAAAGAGCACUGCCUCCGCCGCCUCCAGUCCGACGCAAACCUCUUCGAAUCAGAGAAAGUCACGCUGCGCAAAGUCCUCUCCGUCUUCAAAGACAUGCACGUCCUUCUGCUCGGCGCCAUCCUCUUUUCAAACGGCGUCUGUCUCUUCGGCCUCGCUUACUUCUCCCCGUCCAUCGUCCAGGCUAUGGGCUACAGUAAUACAAGAACCCAGCUUAUGACUGUACCCCCGUACGCCGUGGCUUUCGUCGUAACAAUGAUAACAGCAUACAUCGCGGACCGGUAUCGCCAACGCGGGAUCAGCGCCUUCGUGACGACAUGUCUAGCACUCGUCGGCGCAGCCAUGAUGCUCACAGGCCGCAGUAUAGCUAUGCGCUACGCGGCUCUUGUCCUCCUCCUCACGGGAAUCUACGCCACAGCGCCAUGUCUCAUCUCGUGGGUCCCGAACAACACGGCUGGCCAUGUGAGACGGGCGACGGCUGUAGCGUUUGCGUUUGUGUCGACCAGUUCGGGAGGCGUGUUGAGCACGUGGAUCUAUCCGAAGAGCUCGGCGCCGUAUUAUAAUCUAGGUGCGAGGUUUAAUGUGGCGCUUAUUGUGAUCACGCUUGCUGGGCUUGUAGCUCAGGUGUGCUUGUUGAGGUGGUUGAAUCGGGAGAAGGAGGUUCGGCGCGCAGAUAUGUUGAGAGGGCUUGAGGAUAUGAGUUAUGAGGAACAGUAUGGGUUGCUGGGCGACAGGCAUCCGAGUUAUCGCUAUACUUAUUAA